UAGCUUUGGCAAAUGCAUAUGCAACGAUAACCGGCCUUGGUGACCCGUUCAUUUACCUGACUAUUACGAACGAUGGUCAAAUCACGUGGCGCCCGUAUCAGGUUUUCAAAAGCACAUGCACGCUUGAUAUGACGUAUUUCCCGUUCGACACGCAGACAUGCGACAUUCAGCUUGCCACUUGGUCCAGCACAAAGGAUCAAAUCAAUAUACAGCCUGGCGAAUACGGCUUCAAUACCGAUAACUUCGAGACUAAUGCGAACUGGGACCUCUUGAGCGUUUCCACGUUUGAUUCCAGUGACAAAAAGACAUCAGCACUUUCUUUCCGUCUCGUACUGAAGAGAAAACCCGUGUAUUUCAUGGUUAAUUUUAUCAUUCCGAUCGUCCUGUUGUCCGUCUUAAACACGUUCGUAUUCGCGCUUCCCUGUGAGAGCGGGGAGAAGAGCGGCUAUGCCAUGGUGCUCUUCCUCUCCUUCGCCAUCUUCCUGCUCGUUAUCACCGUGGUGAUGCCGGAAGGGAUGACGUCAAUUCCAGUAAUGAGCGUUUACCUGCUGCUCGAAUGCAUGAUCAGUACCGUGAUAGUGCUUAUCACCAUGAUCCAGCUGCGCCUUCACAAUCAAGGCGACGAUUCGCCAUUGAAUCCGCCUCUAAAGUCCUUCACCAAAUCAAUCUUCAAUUUAAAGAACAAAGUUCUAUGCUCAUCAAAUGACGAUAGCCGAGUUAGAAGAACACAAUCAGCGCUCAAUACCGAUAGCCGGGCGACUUCAGUAAUGUCUGUAGGAAGGGAAAUAUCAACACGUCGGUUCACUACUACAAGGUCCACACGAAGGCUAACGCCACCAACGUCUCCACCGCCAGCCUAUCAAGAAGUCGCGUCCGCUCAAGACGCAAUAAGCCAGUCGGUUUUAGUACGCCAGAGCAAUCUGAGACGGGUCGAAAACACGGAGGAGGAACAAGAAAAACAGUCCCAAUAUAAAUGCCAGUCGUGUCUGUCAAUUAUAAGUUCAAUUUUCAAGACGAGGACAAAUGUUUCCCAAAUAGAGAUGUCGACACUAUCUAAAACCAGCCAGAAAACAGCGUGGACACUUGCGAACAUUCUCGGCAAGAAUAACAAAGUGGAACCUGAUGAAUUCUUCGCCGAUCCUCCACCCAUGGAAGCUUUCUAUAAGAAGGGUAUGCGAGACCUGAGCGAUGACAUUCUGUCGGUCCCUCCUGUAUCUACACAUAUGAAUCACCCAAUCGGCAUCGGCCUGCGCUCCGAGGGCGACCCUCCUAUGAUAGUGCGAUCCCCGAUCUACGCGGCGGAAAUGCAGCCCGACAGAUCUCCAACCCCAACUCCUAGCGAGCCCGGACCCGAGCCUGAACAACGUCCGAAAGAAAUAGACUGGCCUGACUUUGUAUUGGCUUUGGACAAUCUAUUUUUUGCUAUAUUUUUUAUCCUGAACAUCAUAGCCAUUAUUCUUGCAUUCGCUAUAAGUGGAUCUGGGUAAAAUAAUGAACCUUAUUUUUAACUUGAUUUCUCGUUGUUGUUUUGUUUUAAAAGCCGGUAUGUCUAAACAGAAACACCAUAAUGUUAUACCGGAGCGGGAUAUCAUAUUUGACGUGAGCAUAGCUUUCGCGAGUUAUUAAAAACAAGUGCAAGUGUUCCUCGAUUUAAGUUGAGUGAUGAUAAGCAAGCAUUACAAUGUAUUAUGUCGCAUUUCGAAUUAAAGGCUGUAUUCGCUUUUUGUACAAAAUUACCAGAAAGAGGUAAAUGGAAACCGCUUUUAGGAAUACACUUACUUGCCUGCUACUAGUGUUAAAUAUAACGCGUCUGAUGUUAUUUAUGUAUGCGUUUUUUGUACAUUUUAUUCACUUUCAUUCAACUUUAUUUGCCUUGCUUGUAGUUUUUAUCUAUUGUCACAUACAUUGCAAUGUGUGAUAUAUUUUAGUCGCACGUUGUCAUGUUGAAUGACAUCUGACGUGCUAUUCUUAUAUGUGUUAUGUGCUGUUCGUGUUAUAUGCUGUUCGUUUCAUUUGGUUGUGUACAAUUUGUCUAUUAUCCCUUGAAUACUCGGAGAAUAAUAAUCCAACACCACACUUAUUAAUUUUACCUUUACAGCAGUUUUCUUAAAACAAAAGUAUUAAGUGGGUUUCAUAUGUCUCUUUAUAACAUACUGCUCGAAAAGACCAUUCUCGAAAAGGCUUUGUUUCUUUUCUAUGGCCACAUUAAUUAAGAUAUGUACUUGUUUUACAUUCUGUUCCGUUAUUAUUUUACGCUGUGUCAAUACCCCUCCAGGAACUGUUACCUCCCCCUGUUUUAGUUUUAUUUUGGGGUCUUCUCCCGUACUCCAUGGGCGGCGGGGUUCCCGUAUCUGUUCCCCUUGUGGCGUGUUUUACCUCCCAUUAUGUCAUUUUAGGAAGAACAUGUUUUAUUUUCAUUGUCUUGCUUUAUGGCAUUUUGCACAUAAUAAA